UGCAACUGCAACAACCACCAAUACCCGAACACGACCUGCGAUGCUCUGACCGGCAAGUGCGUGUGCACCCAUCAUACUACAGGUGACCACUGCGAACUCUGCUCACCUGGCUACUAUGGAGAUGCCACACUCGGACAACCAGACAGUUGCAAGCCGUGCAUGUGUCCUGGAAACGUGAACGAUAUGAAUGCAUCGGCACUUGUCCACUCCAGUUUGCGGACCUGUAACACGACAUCAGCCACAACGUACGUCUGCAACUGCGAUCCCUCCUACAUCGGCGACAAGUGCGACAAGUGUGCUGACGGUUACUACGGUACUCCUGAUAACCCGAAUGUACGUUUGCGAAAGUGUCAGUGGUGUGACUGUAGCAACUACAACGACGGCUCUUGCGAUUCCGUCACAGGCAACUGCACGAAAUGCGACAAGUUUACGACGGGGGUCAAAUGUCAACAGUGCAUGCCCCUUUAUUAUUCACCCAACAUCACCCUCUCGAAACAGUGCUAUCGUUCGUUUGCUGUUGUUUUUUGUUGUUGUUGUUGUUUGGCUGUUUGUUGUUGUUGUUUGUUGUUGGUUGUUUGCUGUUGGCGUUUAUUUAGCUAA